ACGUUGGUACUAUCAUAUCUCUACCUUAAAGGCCGUUCACUACCAUACGUGGUCAAACUCGUUUAAGCCGUAAAAUACAACAUGUCAAAGCCUGAAACGGAAAGAAAAGACUGGGCAGACCUUGAUUCUGACGAAGAAAUCCAAAAAAUCCGCGACAAAGUGGAGGAUUUGAAGACUACAGAAUCUGCAUCUAAACCAGAGACAAAAGAUGCUGUCCCAGACCUUGCCAGUCGGCUGGGACCAAAGGAAGGCGAGCAAAAAGAUGAGGGAAAGAAGGAGGAAGCUGCUCCUGCUGAUAAAAAGGAAGAACACACGUCUAAUCUCGUGCAAAACGACAAUGAAGUUCGCGUCAAACUGGCGGAUCUUCAAGCAGACCCCAAUUCACCGCUUUUCUCUGCAAAGAGCUUUGAUGACCUGAAUCUGAAACCCGAAUUGCUGAAGGGUGUGUACGCUAUGAAGUUUCAGAAGCCCUCCAAGAUUCAAGAAAAAGCUCUUCCCCUGCUUCUGUCUAACCCUCCUCGCAAUAUGAUCGGACAGUCCCAGUCUGGUACUGGUAAAACGGCAGCCUUUGCUUUGACAAUGCUUUCCCGUGUUGACCCUUCAGUUCCAAAAGUCCAGGCAAUCUGUCUGGCUCCUUCUCGUGAGCUUGCUCGUCAAAUUAUGGACGUGGUUGUUGAAAUGGGCAAAUUCACAGACAUCAAGACUGCCUUUGGUAUUAAGGACAGUGUUCCCAAAGGCCAAAAAAUCACUGCUCAAAUUGUCAUCGGUACACCUGGUACCGUUAUGGAUCUUAUGAAAAAACGUCAACUCGAAACUAGGGAGGUCAAGGUUUUCGUGCUUGACGAGGCAGACAACAUGCUUGAUCAGCAAGGACUGGGUGAUCAGUCUAUGCGCAUUAAGCACCAACUUCCUCGUGCCGCUCAGAUUGUUCUGUUCAGUGCCACAUUCUCUGCUCAGGUUGAGCAAUAUGCCCACCGUUUUGCUCCCAAUGCCAACGAGAUUCGCCUGAAGCCCGAAGAAUUGAGUGUGGAAGGAAUCAAGCAACUGUUCAUGGAUUGUAAGAACGAAGCUCACAAGUACGACGUUUUGGUCGAGUUGUAUGGUUUGAUGACCAUUGGCCAGUCCAUCAUCUUCUGUCGCAAAAAGGAGACGGCCGAGGAAAUUUCUCGCCGCAUGACUGCCGAUGGCCAUGCGGUCUCUUGUCUUACCGGAAACUUAGAGGGUGCUCAACGUGACGAGGUUAUGGACUCUUUCCGAGCUGGAAAGACUAAAGUUCUGGUUACAACCAACGUCAUCGCUCGUGGUAUUGAUGUUUCACAAGUGAACAUGGUUGUGAACUACGACUUGCCAGUGGAUCAGGCUGGUCGUCCCGAUCCUCAAACUUACUUGCACCGUAUUGGCCGUACGGGUCGUUUUGGACGUGUCGGUGUGAGUAUCAACUUUGUGCAUGAUGCAAAGAGUUGGGCAGAGAUGGAGGCUAUUGAGAAAUAUUUUGGACGCCCCAUAUUGCGUGUGCCCGCCGAUGACUACGAAGAAUUGGAGAAAGCCGUCAAAUUUGCUUCUCAGUCAUAGAAAAUAAACCAAGUAGUGCAAUUCGUCAGCCGCGUGUGUCCCUAUACCCAAACCAAUCUCAUCUACCCGAAGUCUUCUUCACUCAGUAGCUAAUCGGCUUGACGAGCCUUCUCUUUCUCUUUCUCUUUUUUUCUUUUUCUUUUUAUUGAAAUACAGAAAAUGAAUAUCAUUGCUACACAAAAAGAAGACAACAGAAAAGUUAGGACGGGAAUUCCCAGAGCCUCAGCUCAACCAUAGCUGCUGUCUUAUUCGUAGGCUUGCCGAGAACUCCGUUCAGCUCGACCAUAUUUACUCAGAAAGAGCCUUGUUGACCACAGCACGGGCAAAGUUGGGCAAGAUGAAAGCAGCCUCAUGGAUCUCCUUGUUGUAGUAGCGGCACAACUUGGCCUCCUCCUCGGCAGUCCAAGUACGCAGGGGCUUAGACAAGUCAAUGGCAGUGUUCUUGCUAGCGACGACGAAUCCAAUAGAGCCAGAGGGAUAUGUGGGGAUUGUGGUGUAAGCGUAACGGACGUUGGGGAACGCCUUACGAGCGGCCUUAAGCACAUUCUCGAUCACACUUAAGUGAAGCCACAUGCACUCAGCCUGUGUCGUGAUAACACCGUUCUCGCGAAGAGCACCGUGCAACAGCUGGAAGUAAGGAGCCUCGAAAAGAGCCUCAGCAGGACCGUCAGGGUCAGAGGAAUCGGUGAUAAUCACAUCAAAGGUGUUGGUGUAGUCCUUCAAGAACUGGAAUCCGUCACCGACAUGAGUCUUCACCUUGGGGUGUUCAUAUCCCACAGCCAUACUGGGAAUGAACUUUUUAGAGUAGUCAAUGACAUCGGCAUCAAUGUCACACAAGACAACCUCCUCUACACUUUCGUGUUUCACAACCUCACGCAAGACACCUCCAUCACCACCACCGAUGACCAGCACCUUCUUGGGGUUGGCAUGACUGUUCAGAGCCAAGUGAGCAAUCAUUUCUUGGUAUGAAAACUCAUCACGCUCAGUAGCUUGAAUGACACCGUCCAAGACGAGAACACGGCCAUAAGUUUCGCUCUCGAAUAUCAAAACAUCCUGGAACUUGGAACGUUUAGCAUGGAGAACCUUCUUGACCUUCAAGGUCAUAGCCUGACCAGGCCACAUCUUGUUGAUUUCACGGAACCAUCCAUCCUUGAUGGAGGGGUGAGUAAGCUCUUGGGAUUCAGAAGACAUUUUUUUGUGUUUCAGAAAUUUUAACUUUUUCUCCUCAAAAGUUUGUUUUGGGUUGACGAUCACUUGCAGGGUUCCAGGGGCUGACUCUGAGAGAUUUCCGCCGCUUUAAGGCAACAAGCUUUGAACGUGCCUGUUCUUUUUUGUGCUGCUGCUGAAGCAGUCACAGUUGGUGGUGAGUUUACCCGCGGUAAAACCCCGGCGUUCCCUCGGGGAGAAACCUUAUCGACGCGUGGGCACGCGUCGAUAAAGCUGUCCUCUGCUAACUACCGUUUAA